AUGCAAAACAUACAUGAAGAUUCAACCAUAGUUAGCUCUGAUGACAUGCUUGAAAGUGUUGUUGGUAUUGAUCCUCUCAAUAGCAGACUACCAACAGAGCCUCCCUUAGAGCCAUACAAAGGAAUGGAGUUUGCAUCAAUUGAAGAGACGAGAAUUUACUACACAAGGUAUGCUAAGAAUACAGGCCCUAGUAAAAUAAGAUUUGUCUUAUAUACUGAAAGUGGUGGUGUUGAUAAUGUUAGAUUUAGUCCACAAGAUGUUAUCAAUUACUUAACUGAAAAGAGACAAAAAAAGUUAGAAAAUGGAGAUGCUCAAAUGAUGUUAUCAUAUUUUAAAAGUUGUCAAUUGAAGAAUCCUGGGUUUUUCUAUGCUUUUCAAAUGGACGCUGAAGGAAGAUUAGCAAAUUGUUUUUGGGUUGAUUUAAGGUCCAAAAUGGCAUAUAAAUACUUUGGUGAUGUUGUUACUUUUGAUCCGACGUAUUUGACAAAUAAAUAUAAAAUGCCUUUUGUUCCAUUCACAGGAGUUAAUCAUCAUCAACAAUCCAUUCUUUUUGGUUGUGCUCUAUUAUGGGAUGAAACUAUAAAGAGUUUUUUUUGGUUGCUAAGUACUUGGUUAGAAGCAAUGAGUGGAAUUUCUCCUAAAACUAUCAACACAGAUCAAGAUGCUGCUAUUAGUAAUGCAGUUGCAAAGGUAUUUCCAAAGGUUAAUCAUCAUUAUUGCAUGUGGCAUAUUGAGAAAAAAGUUCCUGAAUACUUGAAUCGUGACUAUCAUGAACAUGGUGAAUUUAAAAAUCAAUUUUACAAGUGCAUCCACCAAUCUACCACUGUUGAAGAAUUUGAUUCUGAUUGGGAAGCAAUGAUUGAUAAAUAUGGAUUACAAGAUAAUCAAUGGAUAAACAAGAUAUUCUCCAUUCGAGAAAAAUGGAUUCCUGCUUUUGUACGUUCCAAUUUUUGUGCAGGAACGUCUACCACUCAAAGGAGUGAAAGUAUGAAUAAAUAUUUUAAGGAUUUUUUGAAUUCAAGUACUUCAUUAAGCCAAUUUGUGACACAAUAUGAAAAAUCUCUUGAUGCACGUUACAACAAGGAAAGAGAGAAGACUUUCAAAACAAGAAAUUCAAAGCCACUUUUACGAACUUUAUAUCCCAUGGAAGAAGAAACUUCAAAAAUUUAUACAAGAAAAAUGUUUAGAAUAUUUCAAGAUGAGUUGGUUGGUUCUCAAUUAUUUAUCACAGAAAAGGUUAAGUUUUCUAUUGAAGUCUCAACGUAUAAAGUUUGUGAAAUUUGUAUUCUUUGUAGACAUGUAUUAUGUGUAUUCAUAAAGAAAAAGGUUUAUUGUCUCCCUUCACAGUAUGUUUUACAUAGAUGGUCUAUUAAUGCUAAAAAAGAAAAGGUAAAAGAAGUGACAAUUGAAGGAUUUCAAGAAGGAAGCAACAACGCUUCUGACACUUCAUUGUUUAAUAGUAUUAUGGUUCACUCCCUCGAACUAUCAGAAAGAGGUUCACAAUCCGAAAAACAUCACGAUAUUGCUAUUCAAAGUUUGCAAAAUGGGAUUGCAAAACUUGAUUUAUUGGAUAUUGAAGAGUCAAAUAAGAAGUUUGUUACUUCAACAUCUAAAGAUAUGCCAAAAGUAUCUGAUGUUAGCAUAGCUUUGCAUGACCCUCCACUUAUAGCAACUAAAGGACGUCCGCGGCUUUGCGAAUGA